AUGAAGGACGAAGCCAGAGACUUAGAUCUGCUGCACUCCAAGGUGCGCAGCCUGCGGGACAAGCUGCAGGCCCGUGCUGCGCGAGCCCUAUCCAGCAGCAGCAGCAGCAGCAGCAGCAGCAGCAGCAACAGCAGCAGCAGCAGCAGCAGCAGCGGGAACGGUAGCCGCAGCAGUCACCGGGAGGUGAUGAUUGCACAGCCAGUGCGGCUCAGAAGCGGCGAGGAACGAGACUCCCCUCCAGCUGAGCAGCAGCAGCAGCAGCAGCAGCAGCAGGAGCAGCAGCAGCAGCAGCAGCAGCAGCAGCAGCAGCAGCAAAUACCCGUCACAGGCUGA